AAAAAGAAAACCAUUUAAUUGUCUUAUGCUAUAAAUGAUUAAUUUUUGUUUCGUCUGCAUGUGUGAAAAGCCAUAUAAUUUUCGAGUUCAACGGAAUGAAUAAAUAUUGGGUUUACGAUUGUAAAAAACGUGACAAAUUGAAGUGUGUAAUUAAAUCAUCAAUUAACAAGGAUUUCCUAUAAAUAUAUAAAAAAGCAAAAAAAAGAGGACAGGCCAAGGACACUAAACUUCAUGAUGGGCCAGUGUGGUUGCUAUCCAGUUGCCUUUUCGUGAAUGAGUCUGCUUUGUUAAGUGAUUAAUUAUGCUAAUAUAUUUACCAAGUGAAAUUCAAUUUCAACCGCAACGUGAGUAACAACAACCAUACGAGCCCAAACCACAGGAUACCAAGCAAUAUACAAGAAAAAAUAUCCAAAAAUACCAAACAAAAAUAAAAUACAACUGCAACUACAACAAUAACAUCAGCACGCAGGGAACGAGAAAUUGCAUUCUUGCUGCUGCUGCUGGUGUUGCAGCUGGGACCCUAAAGAGGAAGGAUCCUUAUCCUGCGAGGGAAGUUAGAAUGCGACUGAAUAAUUGGCUUGGCUGGCUCCGAUGUUACGGAGUGGAACAGGAACAACAACAGGAACUGGGUAUUGUCUCAGCUGCAGAUAUAACGUAUUAGGCUGGUGCUGGCGCCACGGCCAUGGCUGACUUCAAUGAUGAGCCACGCCAACUGGCAGCACCGGAAACGGAUGCUGCAGCAACAGCAGCAGCAGCGUCGGAGUUGGUGGAUCCCGUGCUGGCGCUGUUGCGCGGCGAGGUGCUCAACCAGACGCGUGCUCCAGUCUUUUACAACAGCUACAACAUCUCCGAGGAUAUCUACUACUAUUUCAAUGGUUUUAAUGCGGCGCCAACGAGCACGGAGCUGGCAUUGAAUCUGAAUACGACAGCAGGUAUGCCCAGUAGCACCACCAGGGAGCCGGAUUUAUCAGAGUUUUUGGAGGCGCUACCCAAUGAUCGGGUCGGCCUGCUUGCCUUUCUCUUCCUCUUCUCGUUCGCAACGGUAUUCGGCAACUCGCUGGUCAUCCUGGCCGUCAUCAGGGAACGUUACUUGCAUACGGCCACCAACUAUUUUAUCACGAGCCUGGCAGUGGCUGACUGUCUGGUCGGUCUGGUGGUAAUGCCCUUCUCGGCGCUAUACGAGGUGCUGGAGAACACGUGGUUCUUUGGCACCGACUGGUGCGACAUCUGGCGCUCGCUGGACGUACUUUUCAGCACCGCAUCGAUAUUGAAUCUGUGCGUCAUCUCACUGGAUCGCUACUGGGCCAUCACGGAUCCUUUCAGCUAUCCCAUGCGGAUGACUGUGAAGCGUGCCGCUGGCCUAAUAGCAGCCGUUUGGAUUUGCUCUAGCGCAAUUAGUUUUCCGGCCAUUGUCUGGUGGCGUGCUGCGAGGGAUGGCGAGAUGCCCGCCUACAAGUGCACCUUCACCGAGCAUCUGGGCUAUUUGGUGUUCUCGUCCACCAUAUCUUUCUAUCUGCCGCUGCUGGUCAUGGUCUUCACAUAUUGCCGCAUCUAUCGGGCGGCGGUUAUUCAGACGCGAUCCCUGAAGAUCGGCACCAAGCAGGUGCUGAUGGCAUCCGGGGAACUGCAGCUGACGUUGCGCAUUCAUCGUGGCGGCACCACUCGGGAACCAACCACCAACACCCAUCAGGUGUCGAGCGGUGGUGGUGGUGGUGGCUCCCUCAGCCACUCGCACUCGCAUUCGCAUCAUCAUCAUCAUAAUCACAGCGGUGGCACAACGACAUCGACGCCCGAAGAACCGGACGAUGAGCCGCUAUCGGCGCUGCACAAUAAUGGCCUGGCCAGACAUCGACAUAUGGGCAAGAACUUUUCACUCUCACGCAAGCUGGCCAAGUUUGCCAAAGAGAAAAAGGCGGCCAAGACGCUGGGCAUUGUGAUGGGCGUGUUCAUUGUGUGCUGGCUGCCGUUUUUUGUGGUGAAUCUUUUGUCGGGCUUCUGCAUCGAGUGCAUUGAGCACGAGGAGAUUGUCUCGGCAAUUGUGACAUGGCUGGGCUGGAUCAACUCCUGUAUGAAUCCUGUGAUCUAUGCCUGCUGGAGCAGAGACUUUCGCAGAGCCUUUGUGCGCCUCCUGUGCAUGUGCUGCCCCCGCAAGAUACGACGCAAAUAUCAGCCGACAAUGCGCUCCAAAUCACAGUGCCAUGUGGCCGCUGCCAUGGUGGCCGCCUCCACUUCCUUUGGCUACCACUCCGUCAAUCAGCUGGACCGCAACCUCAUGUGACGUCAGCCCAGCAGCUGCAGCACUUGCAGCGGCAGCAGCAACUGUGGCGGCGGCGGCGGCGUCGCCCGCAACUCUCAUCAAUAUCAUUCAUCGGCGGCAGCAACGCCGUCGUCGUCGCAGCGCUCAUGCACACGCUGCCAGAGCUUCCAUCGGCAUCAUCAUCGUGCGCGGCGUCGCAGCUCGGGAAUGCAGCUGAGGGGGGAUUACAGCUCGACGUCGGCGGUGAACAGUGCGGCGAAGACGAUUGUGACAAUUACAGCGCCGCCAGCAGCGGCGGCUUCGGUCAGCUCAUUGCAUUUGGGCGCGGGCAGGCCAUCGUCGGUGUCCACGUUGACGUUGGCGUCGGUGCCGCCCUCGCUGCUGCUCGAGGCGUCGAUGAGCGGAUUGAAAGGUGGAUCCGUUAGUGCGGCAAAUACUCCAAUAGCGCCCGCGAUGAAGCAUAUCAGCUUUGCCAUGGGCCCGGGCACGAGCACUGCAUCGUGUUCGGGAUCGGGACAUCAUGUCUCCUUUAUGCCCAUGCCUCUGCCCAUGAUGGGUGUGAAGCGCUUUCGCGAAUCCAGCACAUCGCUCAGUUCCCCAACAGCGGUAACGACAGUCGCCACCAGUUCGGCACCAUCUCUGAUAGAGGCUGAGGCGAAGUCGUCCACGUCGGGGCAUCAUGCGGCGCUCGAGCUGCGCCAGAGUGUGCAAAGUCAGAUCACAACCCUGGAGGAUGUGGACGAUGUGGAGCACAGCGACGAAAACAGCAGCGACAGUGAGAGUGUGGGUCUGGCCCUGGUGCAGACGACGCCACAGCUGGAGUAUCAGGUCGGCAUGGCGUCGAGUUCCUCAAGCGCUUCGGUUAAGUAAACUCGUCCAAGGCACACAACCAUUUUAGGGUUAAGAUAUGCAUUCCCAUAUAGUUGUAUAAAGCGAUACAACUCUUGUAUUGGCCAGUUUUGUUGACGAUCUGGUCAAUAGUUGUUUUUUAUUUAUUGCAUAAGGAGUAACAAUUAGCCAUCAUAUCUUAGCUCUUCCAUGAAUAUAUAUUAUCCACUUAAGUUCUUUAGACAACCAUCCAUCUUGUAAAUGUAAAUUCAUCUUUAAAUUUCGUUUUCCUGAAAGCUACGUCUUCAACCUGUCCAUGUACCUGACACAAACUCUCUCGCCCCUUUUAAAUAAUGCUCAUUUUGCGAGUAUAUAUAAACAAUGACAAAAGUGUAAUACUCUCUUUUUAAACUAACUCAAAACUGUACAAUAUUACGGGUGCAAAUGAAUUUAAACCUAUCUUAGCCUAAACAAAAUAUAUUUAAACAAUCUAAUAGCAAAAGGCUUCAAAAAAGUUUGUCCAUCUUUUUAUGGCAAGUUGAUUCCAACUUAUCCGUCUCAAUGGCAUAAAUUAUUCAACUCUUAAAUCUAGCUUGCUAUGUUUUUGAGCUUUAACUUCACGAGAAAACAAAUUCAGAUUCUGUUUUUUAAUGCUCACUUUAACAAAUUUGAUUGAAAAGUGUUCUCUACAGUUCUGCAAGCACUUCAUGAAGCGAGGCAAAACUCGACAAGUUAAAGUGAGAGAAUAGGGCCACGAACCAGAUAGAACCCGACACUAACGGUAACUAUUUCAUUUUGUCCAUGAAAAGUUCGAAUUUAAUACAUUUCCGUUAAAGUUUUCCAGUUGUUAGGUAAAAAAGGAGGAAAACCCGUUGCUGGUUAAAAUGUGCAAUUGUAAAAUGCACAAAACUGCAUGAAAUAAAUUAAGUUAAAGAACAAUAUGAAUUUAGCGGAUAAAGUAAGCAGCUUAAAGUAAUUAAAACUGCAGUGAGCAGCUUAAAACUAAAAGUAAGCUAAUUAUAAUUUUUUGUGUGAGUUUUGUUUUAUUUAUUUAGUUUGCAGUUAUCAGAGAGCGUAAAUUUUUCUAAACUGGUAGCAUACUAAGUAAUCACUGGAUACAACACCAAUGUUAAAUAUCUAAUAACGUGGCAUGUAAAAAGCUCAUUAAAAUAGUAUACGUAAGUACUUCCUUAAGUAUUUAUUGGGUACACUUAUGAAGUUGGAUUCGUUACAACAUACAACUGAGCAACCGGAAUGGAAAAGAAAAAAAAAACAAAUAUAAUAACACUGACAGAAACUGCAUUGUAAUGUAUUCAAGCAGAAAUGACAGCAAAAAAUAAAACUAUAAAUAAAAAAAGGAUAUGGAAAAAUUUAAAAGAAUCAUGCUCAUUGUUUAAAAAACAAACAAAUCUGAGAGAAACAGAGUAAAGUAAACCGGAACAAAAACCAGAGGCAAUUAUUAAUAUUCAAUAUGUGUACCAUAUAAGCUCAUAGCUCAUAGAGUAAUAUGUGUAUGUGUGUGUGUGUGUGUGUGUGUGUGUGUGUGCGUUGCAUAAAUAGCACUAAGUGUACACUUAAGCUUGUAUGUAGGUAUGUGUACUUCUAUCUGUGUAUAUGUAUGUGUGAAAUUUACUCACUUAAGCGCUGCUUAAUCAAGCUAAAUCAUCCGAUGAAUGCGCAGCAGCAAGAAUUUAUAAUACAUAUAUA